AUGUCUCUCAAGAAAGGGGAAGCUAAAUCAGCUAGUCCGGAGGUCUGUCCAAGGAGAAGGAAUAGAAGAAAGAAAGAGAGCCAAGAUUGGAAAGAUUUUGUCGAGCUGACAGUGACCCAGCGAGAGGACCAGAGGGUCGGGAAAGGUUUUUGGUCACAAGAUCAUGGAUGCUUCUGUAAAGCUACUAAAGAUGCUGUGGUGUCUACUGCUGCUUCUGCGGUUCGAGAUUGGGAUGAUGAUAGAGAAUGCCUUUUCCCAGCAAGGAAGAAUAGUAAAGAUAUACCACGCAAGGAAGAGAAUAGGCUGCAGACUGUGGCACUGACUUUCGGAAUGGAAUGCGCAGGGUCGACGAAGUUGAGCAAAUGCACAGAAGAAGCUCUUAGAUGUUUAUCCAGUCUUAACAUCAAAUCCUUCCUCCUCAGAGGUCCGCAAAAGAAAAGGAAAAGGUUUAGCGUAGCCCAGAUACCCAGAAUCCACUCUUCUUGA